UUGUGAAAGUAUAUGAGGAGGUUGAGCGACAGGAAACGCGAGAGGGGAAACGAUGGGGAGGAGAUGAGAGGGGAGAGAGAGAGAGAAGGUCGUUGGCUGUCGGACCAAAACGGGGCGAAAGUCGAAGUCGAAGUUGCGAGCCCGCCCGGCGCUAGGCCGCAUUGGGCGAGCAUGCGAAAAGCCUCGACAUCAUCUCGUCCAGUCCAGCUCAAGUCCCUCUCCUCCCGUCCCAAGUUACCCCCCCUCCAUCUAUCCUCCCUCCUCUCCUCCCUCCUCCCACAUCCUCCACCAUGGCUACCAACCUCCUCUACAACCUCCAGCGCCUGGCCAUUCCCGUCGCCGCCGGCGCGUGGCUCGCCAACGACGCCCUCUACGAUGUCCGGGGUGGUAGCCGCGCCGUCAUCUUCGACCGCUUGUCCGGUGUCCAGGAGAAGGUCGUGAGCGAGGGCACACACUUCCUAAUCCCCUGGCUGCAGAAGGCCAUCAUCUACGAUGUCCGCACCACGCCUCGCAAUAUCUCCACAACCACCGGCAGUAAGGACUUGCAGAUGGUCAGCUUGACGCUGCGUGUCCUGCACCGUCCUGAUGUCCCGAAGCUGCCGGUCAUCUACCAGUCCUACGGUACCGACUACGACGAACGUGUGCUGCCCUCCAUCGGAAACGAAGUCCUCAAGUCCAUCGUCGCCCAGUUCGACGCCGCCGAGCUCAUCACCCAGCGUGAAGCCGUCUCCAACCGCAUCCGUACCGACCUCAUGAAGCGUGCCUCCCAGUUCAACAUCGCCCUGGAGGACGUCUCCAUCACCCACAUGACCUUCGGAAAGGAGUUCACGCGUGCCGUCGAGCAGAAGCAGAUCGCGCAGCAGGACGCCGAGCGGGCCCGGUUCAUCGUCGAGCGCGCCGAGCAGGAACGCCAGGCCAAUGUCAUCCGCGCCGAGGGUGAAGCCGAGAGUGCCGACAUCAUCAGCAAGGCUGUGGCCAAGGCCGGCAGCGGCCUCAUCGAGAUUCGUCGUAUCGAGGCCAGCAAGGAGAUUGCCUCCACGCUCGCCAACAACCCCAACAUCACUUACCUGCCUGGCAACGACGGCAAGGAAGGCGGCAAGAGCACGAGCCUUCUCCUGGGCCUGAGGAACUAAACGAGGGAGGGGGUUCCUCGUCGAAUGAAUGGAAUUGACGUGUAUUCUGUAUUUUCUCUUUUCUCUCAACUGGACGUGGAUCUUGGGCGUGCAUGAUCUCCCUGGCGAAUUAAUGUCGUUUCGUUUUCUCUUUUAACAUACACCCUCAUCACCGACUGUAGCAAUAUCAUACCCAUUCCUCUCUCACCCAGCCCUUUCCGAUGUCCGAGUCCAGUAUCCAGACAGGAAUGGAGGCAUGCAGACUAUGCAAUAACAGAUCAAAUCAAUCAUGG